AGAGUAACUUAAUUUGGUAAUCAUGCUCGUAUCAUACACAGAUCAAUUCUGUUCUAUUUAUAAAUUGAUAAAAGCGAGUCUAAUUUUAGAACUAGAGUCUCAAGUUCCGGUACAUAUAAUACAAAAGUAUCUACUAUAUAUAAUAUAUCUUAAUACUUCGUGGGAAUUUGGUUCAGAUGACAUAAAAACAGAAAACACGUUUCUUUAGACGUAUUUAACCUGUUAACUGUCGAAAAUCUUACUUCCUAAAAUAGUAUAAAAAGUUCCAAGAUGUUAUGCUGGUUCAUCAGUCAAAGUUGGUAUCCCAAUCGAUAACUGCACAAUAUUCAAAAUGUUCAAAGUCUUGAUGAUCUGCGCUAUUGUUGGCCUGGCCGCAGCCUUCCCAGAGGGAACCCCUGAUGAAGUCAUCCUUCGCAGUGAGGAUGUGCGUCCAGAUGGCUUUGAGUCCAAACUGGAGCUCACCAAUAGCAUCAAUGAGCAGCGUUCAGGUGAUGAACACGGCAACAUCAAGGGUAGCUACAGCUUUGUGGCCCCCGAUGGCGAGCAUGUCGUGAUCAGCUAUGUGGCUGAUGAGAAUGGAUACCGUGCAGCUGGCGAUGUUCUGCCAACUCCCCCACCAAUUCCAGUCGAGAUCCAAAGGGCUCUUGAGUGGAUCGCUGCUCAUCCUUAUGUUGAAAAGGAGGAGGAAGCCGAGGAAGAGCAUGAGGAAUAAGCUUUUGCUAUUCUAACUGUUACUUUCUAAAUUAUUGAACUAUUGACGAUCGAUUAAUAUUUAUGAUUUCCAUAAUUGAAUCCUGAUUUUAUAUUGGUAUAAAAAUAUAUACAGCAAAUUGCUUAAAGCGAACCAUUUGAGAGUAUUUCUUAACUGUUAAUUCUGGGAUUGGCGU